AUGCCGGGAUUGCCGGCGUGCGACGAGACGCUGCCGUGCAGGCCGACGUGCCCGCGUCGCGACCUGUCUCUCACACCCGUUGUUGAUCACAGAGUAUGCGUUCUCCAGGCGGCGCUAAUUGCUUUGGGCUUUGCCGCCUUCGUUGUCGGUGGCUUGCAGCUGACCAGCAGGCCCAGCACCAUCUCGAGGCUGAUGGGCGCCACAUCCUCCCUCGGCGCGGUGGCGCUCAACCUGUGGUGCUACUACGUCCGCAAGUGGCGCCGCUACCCCAACCAGCUGCUGGCCUGGCGGUCGCUAGCGACGGGCGUCGCCGCCGCCGCGGUGGCUGGCACGGCGCUGGCUGAGCUGGCGGUGCCGGCGUCGCUCAUCGGGCGCGACUUUUGCGGCUCAGUGGCGGCGUCGCUCAACCCGCUGCUGGUGCACUUUGGCUUCCUGGCGCACGAGGGAUGGGCUCUGGUGAUGGCGGUCGAUGUGUUCCUGCUGAUGCUCGCCUUCGGCUCCCGCGUCUGCGCGUACGGCCUCAGCGCGGCCCUCUCCUAUGGCUUCCGCCUCCUCCUCGACCCUGCCGGCGCGGCAGACGAGCUCGACAGGACGCGGAUGGCGUCGCAGCCGCUCGACUCGUCCGUCCCUUGGCUGCGGCACCACCCGGCGGAGCUCCCGCCCGCCAACCUGUCCGUGCGCGGGCGCGAGGGGCGAGGCACACCGCGCCGGCUCGUCGAGCAGGCCGCUAGAGUGGGCCGGCCCGGCGGCGUCAGAAGCGGCGGCGGCAGCGGCGGCGCGAACGCGACCGCCGCGUCAAAGUUUUGCUUUGCGACGGCCACGGUGCCGCGGCCGAUCCACACGCUGCCGAUCGAGUGCUGGCCGCGCUCCGGCGACUGGUCGGACGAGGAGGGCUCCGAAGUAAGGAUUCAUGGCUCGCUCAACGUCGCCGACUGCAAGUGGCUUGUGCGCGCGUGCAAGCCGCUCGCCACGUGGCGGUGGAGCGACCCGGAGCACGCGGGGGACGAUGCCAACUGGAUCGGCCUCAUGCAGGUGAUGCUCUCGAUGCAGGGACUGUGGACGAUGGCCUUCCUCGCGUCGCAGCAGCGCGCCGGCCUCUUCGCGCCCGUGCCUUGGCGGCUGCUGCUCGGCUACGGCGGCGUGGCGGCCGGCGGUGGGGCCGACGCAGGCGCUGGAGCGGUCAAGCGCGGCGGCGAGCCCGACACGGCGCUGGCCGGGCGGGGGUGGGAGGAGGAGGGGGAGGGGGAGGGCGAGGAGGAGGGGGAGGGCGAGGCGGGCGGGUUCGAGGUCGACGACACGGACCCCACGGGCAACGAGGCGCUCCGCGACGAGGUGCUGCAUUGCAUACGAAAGGGCGUCGCAGCGACGUGCGGCGCGGCGGACGAAGCGCUGCCUCGCGACGGCGCCCCGCUCGUGGUGAUGCUGGAGCCCGCGUCGGAGGAGCCGCCGCUGGAGCUGCUCGCGGAGGAGGGGUGCGGAGCCAGGUACGCCAAGCGCGACACCGAGGAGGGCGAGGCGACGGCGCGCGGAGGAGGCGGCCCGGCGCCGGUGCCGGCGGGAGUGCGCGCGUCGGCCGCGGCAGAGGCGGGCCCGGAGGGGGGGGCGGGCGGCGGCGGCGGCGGCUCGUCGCGUUUCCGCGAGGUCCUGACGGUCGUCCAGGUGGUGUCGAUCUGCUGGCUGUUGCUCGCCCGCCAGCUGAGCGGGCCGCGAGGGAUUGGUGCGGGGUGGCCGCCGCUGCCGCGGGCCAUGCUAACGUGCCCGUCCGCAGCGUGCUACACCGCGCGCCUCCGGCCGCACAAGCCCGCCGUGGCGGACGACCCGCUCUCUGCUGCGACCAGCUGGCUCUUUGGCGGCGACGACUCCACGUACUCGUACGCCUCCGAGGACGAGAAGGUGCGGCUGACCGUCGGGCGGCACAGCCGCCGCCGGCUGGUCAAGCUGGACGCGGAGGAGACGGCCGAGUUCGGCGAGUGGGCGUACGCAAUCAUGAGCGAGGCGUACUACGGCCGCUGGUCUGACAUCACCACGGACGGCAAGGUCGUGGCCAUCACCGCCAAGGGCGCGGCGCUCGCCGAGCGGAUCAGCGCCGACGAGUACGAGCGGCACAGGGAGGAGAUCGAGCGCGCGGAGCAGCUGUGGGACUUCGCGAUGACCGUCGCGCAGGAGGCGUCUCUCGACUCGUUCCGCGAGCAGCAGGAGCAGGUCGAGCACGCCGACGCGGUCGCCGCCCAGUGGCACGACCCGUGCACUUGGAUCACCGCCCUGCUCCCGAUCCUGCACCUGCUCUCCUUCGCGCUCGCCAUCACCUCGUCGCACGCCGCCGGGUCCCGCGGCGCCAUCUGGCGGCGCCUCCUCGACACGCCCGAGGCUGCGAUACGCCUCGGCAGCCAGGCGGCCGCCCUCGGCCUCGUCGCCGCCUUCAGCGCGGCUGCGGGGGGAGGGGAGGAGCCGCACUGCACGCUGGGCGGGUGGGACGCCCACGCGCUGGACGCGCUGCUGGUGGGGGCGCUGCUCGUGCUCUACCUCCCCUCGGCGGUGCCGCACCUCCACAGCGCCAGGCAGACGGUGAGCCGCACCUUCGCCCCGCGCGACGGCGCGCAGUUUGCCUCGCUCUCCUCGUUCAAGACGACGAACUCGCGGCUGGGGGGGCUGAUGACGCGCGUGCUCGGCCCGCGCCCGCGCGUCCGCUUCGUCGCCACGGCGCCGCGCGAGUUUGGCGCGAUGCGGGACGGCGCCGGAGUCGACUUCGAGAGGCUGCAGCUGUCGAUCGAGUCGAUCGAGCACGCCGGCGGCGGCCUCAAGGGAGGCGCCUCGGGCGCGUUCCUCUUCCCCUCCCAGGACGGGCAGCUCGUCGUCAAGACGCUCUCUUCGGAGGAGGCGGCGGCCUUGCGCAAGCUCGCGCCCUCCUUUGCGCGCCACUUUCACGACCAGCCCGCCUCCUACAUCAACCGCUUCCUCGGCCAGUUCUCGAUGUACCUCUACGGGCGCACCAUCCACUUUGUGGUGCUCCGCUCCGCCUUCCACCUGCACGGCGACGUCUCUCCCGCAGUGCGGUACGACCUCAAGGGCUCGUGGGUCAACCGCACGGGCAAGCCCGGCCAGUCGGUCCUCAAGGACAACGACCUGCGUCGCGACGGCCUCCGCCGCGUCCGCGCCAGCCUCGACGGCUGCGAGAAGAUCCCGAUCAAGCUUCCCGCGGCGCAGUGCGCCAAGCUGAUCGCGCGGCUCGAGGCGGACACCGCGUUCCUACGUGACUUGAACCUGAUGGACUACUCUCUGCUCCUCGGCGUCUUUGACUCGCCGCCGCCCGCCGCCGCCAUCAGCGGCCAGCCCAAGGGCGCCGAGGAGACGGUGCUGCAGCACGGAGGGGGGGUGAUGCUCCUCGGAGUCAUCGACGUGCUGCAGGCGUGGACGUGCGAAAAGGUUGGCGAGCGGUGCCUCAAGACGUACGUCAAGGGCGACAAGCCGCAGGGCAUCUCGGCCGCACCCGCCGGGGAGUACCAGCAGCGUUUCAUGUCCUUUGUGGCGGAGGUGUUUGCGCCCGACGAGAGCCCAGCCUCCGCCCGGACACGUCUACUCGAGGCGGGGAAGGAGUUGCUGCCUGGCAACCUGCGCUCGCUGCUGGAGAUUCGACCGCCGACGAGGGGGCCGGAGAGAUGA